GUCGUUGUUCGACGCUCGAGCGUCCAGCACGUCGUUUUUCAUUUCGGUUGGAGUUUCUCUGGUGUAUCACGAUGAAGUUCACAGUGCUCUAUAUUCUGGUGCUCGUAGCAUUCUGCUGUAUCCAUUUAAUUGAUGGAGGACGCGGUAGGGGUGGAAGUCGAGGUGGUGGAAGUCGAAGUGGCGGAAGCCGAAGUGGUGGUGGCUACGGGGGUAGCCGGGGAGGUGGCGGAUAUGGUGGAUCCAGACCGAAAACUCCAAUUUACCAUCCACCUGUUCACGUACCUUCACCGUCUGUUUACAAACCACCAAUCCAAUCUUCCCCUCCAGUUCACAAACCAUCACCAGGAAUUUCUCCACCAAUUUUCCAUCCUUCAGUGCAUGUGCCCCCACCACACGGCAACGUACCCAAGCCGAAUGCUCCUCUUCCAGGGGUAACCAAUUCAAAAGACAGCAGCAGUAUAUUCAUAAACAACGAAGGUGGAGGUCGGACACGACCAGGAACUUCUUAUCCAGACUGGGCCAAUCCUGGCAUGAAACCACCAUCAAUUGGCAGUCCAACGGGAGGUCACUCAAACACGAAUCCUUAUCCAUCACAUCCCAACUCAAAGCCUUAUCCAGGUGCACCGCCACCGAUAGGCACUCCUGGAGGUUUUGGAUACCCGUCUAAUUCCAACACGAAUCCUCACCGCCCUUAUCCACCGGUUAUACCCCACGGUCAGAACACUCAUGCAAAGAAUUCUUCAUUCCCAAGCAUGUCUGUACCACACCCACCUUCAAUAUCAAACCCUCCGUACCCUAUACCCAAGCCUGGUACUCCGUAUCCAUCUGGUCAUCCUAAUGGCAUGCCACAACCAAACACUCCCCACAUUGGAUUUAAUCCAAGUAUAGGCAGUCCUCAUAUUACUCCACCACAUCACUCGGCACCCUUGGGAACACCUCCACACUUGCAGCCCCAUUCGCCAUCCUAUCCAGUGCACCCAGGUUACCAAGGAGGUUAUCCAGGUGGAUACCAUCCGAUGCCUCAGCCCGGAAUGAUCCACAACAAUCCUUAUCCAAUGCAACCAGGAGUGCCACACUAUGGACCGCCACCAGGAGUUCCGCAAUAUGGACCUCCCCAUAUUUACGGAGGUCCUGUAAUGUCCCAACCCUAUGUCCCAGGACAAACCAUCAUCCUGCCCAGUCAGAGUAGCUCCAGUCCAGGAAUUGGACAGUUGGUGAAGGAAGCGUUAGUGUUCUCAACUGUCAACGCCGGAGUCAACAGAUUAAUCAAUGGAGCACCCCAUCACCAUCACUAUGGAAGCUCCAGUCCUCAAGUUCAACCAGCUGGAAGUUCGACGGUGACGAAUAACACGACAAUCAUUUACAAUAAUUAUGGACCCGAUCAAGGACAAGGGGUUCCAGGAGUGCCUCCAAGUGUACCGGGGGCUUAUGUGCCAGGUAACCCUGGUAGUUACACACCAGGGAGUCCUGGAGGAAGCUAUAAUCCAAGUAACUCUGGAAGCUAUCCUCCAGCUGGUUUACCUCAGUCUGGGGCACCUGGAAUCCCCCCACCUGUGGCUUCAGGAAGUCUUCCCAAUCCUGUAGGGGGUGGACUACCUUCGGUACCGGCACCACCACCUGCCUCUAGUGCUCCUGUCGGUGCUCAUCGCACCAAUCAGAGCGUGACAGUCGCACCGGAGGCUCCACCAGCCCCUCAAUACUAUAUCUCCGAUGAUGAAUUAAUGAGACUCACAGAAACUCUCUUUUCUAAAGAGGAAAUGAACCUGAAGAAGUAUGUGACAUUGUAUCUGCAGAAUAAAGUGAAACCGGGAAAUGUAACGGACGAAGCACCAGCCCAGUUGAUGUACACGACUCCAGAAUUGGAGAACAUGCCGACAGUGCGAGUUCUGAAAAAUAUGUUUGACAAUUACCAAAUCAACUCGACAUUGAAAGAAAGCUCAACCUCGGAAAUUAAGAGACAAGAGAAUUUGCUGCUGGAUACCUUCCUCAAUACAGAUGUCAUGCUCACGGCAAUGAAAUGGUUGGCAAGUAAAUACUACAUCGAGCCUGAUGACUUCGAGAUGAAAGACACACUACGUCACAUGUGGUUAACUAAGAUCGACGGCGCCACAUCUGGAUUCGAAAGAAUUUUCUUAGCAGAACUCUACCCCGGGCCAAGCUUCAUUGGAGCCCAAAACUGGAUUUAUUUCGCAUCAAAGGAACCUUCGAGGGAGAUUAAUUACAUGGGGUAUACGGAAGAGCGGGCUUUAGCAGAGAAAGCGAUGCUUUUGAAGAUCAACGUAAAAAUGGGAGAUGCGGUUAAGCAGAAUGUUACAAUGCUGGUGGGGACAUCUCCAGAGCUCGAAAUGUCUCUGUACACCGUCUGCUUUUAUGCCAGACCGAAUGAUAUCUGUCCAGUUUCUCUCGGAGGAACUAAAUUCUAUCUCUAUACUCACAGUUUUCGAUAUUUCGGAAAAGAUCUAAUCGACGUUGGUAUCGUCGCAUUUUAAGUAAUUGUACCCCCUGUGAUUAUCAACUUAAAAAUGACAUGUACUUUAAGGAUGAAUAUUUGAACAACGAUUAGAUUCAUAGAUAUGUCUAUAAUCCUAUUUUAUAACUGGGCCCGAUAUGACUUUUUCAUUUUAUAAGAGUGUAGUAACUUUAAU